AUGUGUAAACAAAUAUUUGAAUAUUUANGGACCUAUUCAAAUGUUGAGUAUAAAAUCAGUGGCAAACCAAACCCGAAAUCCACAGCCGAGGAGCCAACCGUAGAUUUCGAACAGUGUUUGGAGGCAGUAAAAACCCAAGUCCUACCAUUGGUAAAACCAAAGCCAUUCUCAUUGAAGCAACACACCGUGGCUGCGUUCAGUUAUUAUUUCGAACGUGCCAUUGAGUCAGGACUUAUUGAUCCCUUCCAGGGUGGUGAGAUCACAGUUGCUGCAUAUCGCAAAAAGGCCGAAGAAAUCUGUAGCAUUGCGAAUGAUGAACAACCGUUCAUGUGCUUUGAUUUGACGUUCAUUUCGACGUUGCUACGUGAGGGAUUCGGCUUAGGUGACAGUAAAAAAAUAAAGCUUUAUAAAAAAAUUGAUGGACAUGAGAUUUCUUGGGCGCUCGGCUGUGCUUACAACGUUUUGACCAGCGAUGAAAAGUAUAAUUCCUAACUCUGAAAUAGUAACUAUAACAAAAUAAGAAAAGAAAAAAAAAAACAAAAACAAAAACACAGGCACAUUCACAGUGUAUUCAAUCAUAUGUAAGUAAUGUGUAGUGCUGAUACAAUUUAAGUGCUAUAUAGUUUGUAGUACUUAAAGAAAAUAUUUCAACAAAACGGUAUGAAGGCAAUGCUAGUUUUAUGGCAGACAGCGUAUGCUUACGAGAAGAAGAUACUCGAGGCUAAUAUGUAUAUAAUAUAUACGUAAAUUAUCAACGACUCAGCGCUACUAAUAAUGAUAUUCAAAACUAAACGUCUUAGUGCCUUAUUAAAUUAAAUUAUUUCCACUUUAUUGUAUUUGAAAUAGAAAGUCUUUUAACAAAACCGUUUUCUUUUAACUAUAGUUUGAAUGUGUUUGUAUUAUGUUGUUUUUAAGUCACAUAUGUAGCGUUAAACACCAUGUGUUCGCCGUGAAUUUGUAAAUAUGUUCGUGUGGAAUUUCGCUUUAUGAAUUUGUAGCAAUAUUUUAAUAAUGUAAAUAAACUAUGUAAUCAAAGUGUAUAAAACAUUUAAAUUUUUUUAUGUAUUUAGUACCUUUAUUAGAUGAGAUUGUUUGGGAUUUCCAAAACUGUUUUGUGUACUGUAAAUAUCACCAAAAUUUAAUUGUAAUUUGUUAUAAACAAUGCACUAAUGCUUGAAUGUAUUAUAUUUUAUUCUCUGUAGUUUAUUAGCCCAACUCGAUUGAAAAAUAAAGUAAUUAAUAAAAUAUGCAAAAA